CUCCUGCAUUUUCACCUUCAACCUCAUUCUAUAGUCAUCCUCAUACAAAGGAGAUAAUUAACAUCCCUGCUCCUGCAUCAUCAUAUGUCGUUUCCCCUCUCACUUCAAAACACCAAGAAGCAGCAAUUCCUCCCUUGUUGCCACCAUCAAAUGGACACAGGCAUCUUGUUCCACCUCCAAUGAACUCAGUAUCUCCAUCUCGGUCAUUUUCCAAGAGCCCUAAGAUGCCCCUCCUGCCUCAAAUUCAAGCACUGCCUCCCCCACCUCCUAAUGAAGAUUGUUUAUCAACUAUCUGCACAGAACCUUAUACAAAUUCUCCACCUGGAGCACCUUGCAGAUGUGUCUGGCCCAUGCGAAUUGGUCUUCGCCUUAGCAUUUCUCUUUACACCUUCUUCCCUUUGGUUCCAGAACUAGCUUCUGAAAUUGCCACGGGGGUUUUCAUGAAACAAAAUCAAGUGCGGAUUAUGGGAGCAAAUGCAGCAAACCAGCAACCUGAGAAAACUAUUGUACUUAUUGAUUUGGUGCCAUUUGGGGAAAAGUUUGAUAAUACCACAGCCUUUAUGACUUCUGACAGAUUUUGGCAUAAAAAGGUUCUUAUAAAAGCUUCCUACUUUGGAGACUAUGAUGUGUUAUAUGUGAGCUAUCCAGGUUUACCUCCUUCUCCUCCUUUGCCUCCUUCAAGCAUUACCAUGAUAGAUGGUGGUCCAUAUUCCACUGAUGACAAUAAUGGAAGGACAAUAAAGCCCUUUGGAGUUGACAUACAGCAGAGGCAGCAUAAAGGUGGACUUAGCAGAGGCAUAAUUGCCACUAUUGCUGUUUCAGUUUCUGUAGCAGUUGUUUUAUGUGCUGGUGCUGGUGCUGCCUGGGUCAUGUUCAAGCUCAGAGACCAUGUUAGUCAGCCAGUUGCUCAGCUUUCAUUACCAUCUCUUACCAAAGAACCAGGUACUGCUAGGUCAACAAUUAGAGGUGGGGGAGUCGGUUCUGUUUCCACAUCAUUUCGAUCUAGCAUUGCUGCUUAUACAGGAUCUGCUAAGACUUUCAAUAUGAAUGACAUUGAGAAAGCUACUGAUACUUUUAAUGCUUCAAGAAUACUUGGAGAAGGCGGUUCUGGGUUUGUUUACAAUGGUAUUCUUGAAGAUGGAAUGAAAGUGGCAGUCAAGGUUCUAAAGAGAGAGGAUCAUCAUGGUGACCGUGAAUUCUUAGCUGAAGUUGAGAUGCUUAGUCGUCUUCACCAUAGAAAUCUGGUCAAGUUAAUUGGUAUAUGUACUGAGGGUAGCUUCCGCUGCUUGGUUUAUGAACUUAUUCCAAAUGGAAGCGUGGAAUCUCAUUUACAUGGGAUUGACAAAGAAAACAGCACACUUGACUGGAGUGCCCGAAUGAAGAUAGCUCUUGGUGCUGCUCGUGGUCUAGCUUAUCUGCAUGAAGAUUCAAAUCCCCGUGUUAUACAUAGGGACUUCAAGUCUAGCAACAUAUUGUUGGAAGAUGAUUUUACACCUAAAGUGUCUGAUUUUGGUUUGGCUCGAACGGCAACAGAUGAGGAGAACAAACACAUAUCAACACGAGUCAUGGGAACUUUUGGUUAUGUGGCUCCGGAGUAUGCAAUGACUGGGCAUCUUCUUGUUAAGAGUGAUGUUUACAGCUAUGGUGUUGUUCUUCUUGAGCUUUUGACUGGAAGAAAACCUGUAGACCUAUCACAAGCUCCUGGUCAAGAGAAUCUUGUUGCUUGGGCUCGUCCACUUCUCACAAGUAAAGAAGGAUUGGAAACAAUAAUAGACCCAUCUCUGGGAGCUGAUGUGCCUUUUGAUAGUGUGGCAAAAGUUGCUGCCAUUGCUUCAAUGUGUGUGCAACCAGAGGUAUCAAACCGUCCUUUCAUGGGUGAGGUUGUUCAGGCUUUAAAACUUGUAUGUAAUGAAUGUGAUGAAACGAGAGAAGAAGCUGGUUCAAGAAGUUCUAGCCAGGAAGAUUUAUCUAUUGAUUUAGAUGUAGGAAUGAGGACUGUUUCUGGUCAACUACCAGAUAAUUUCCAAAGCCAAUUCUCAGCUACUAACUUUGAUUCUGGAGUUGAUAUUGAAAGAGGCUUGUCAGCAUCAGAACUAUUCAGUUCAUCAGCAAGAUUUGGCAGGCUGGAAUCUGGAUCAUUUAGAAGAAACUCUUAUUCAGGUCCUCUGAGAACUGGAAGAAGCAAGCGGUUGUGGCAGAUAAUUAGAAGUCUUUCUAGUGGCAGCGUCACUGAACAUGGAACCAUGUUGAAGUUAUGAUCAGGUUCUCAUAGGGCAAUUGCAUUUUUUGGACUAUGUUUGUGGAUAUUGCACUCCCUGGAUUUGUGAAUCUGCAGUUCAUAAUCUCAAUUUUGCAAGAGGCAUCCACUCCUCAGCUUGAGGGCCUUAUUAGGCUCAACUUGGGAAUAGAAGCAAGUUGUAAAUAGGAUGUUCCAUGCUUUGCUGCUAUCCUGCAAACAUAUUCCGUAACUGGUACCAACCCUAAAGAGGGGAAGCAAUGUGAAUCUGCCUUGAUGGUAAAAAGAAGACUGAAGAGGGCUCCUUACUUCUUCCUAGAAGAAAUGUUCUCCCUUCCUCCACACCACUAGUAACAUUCCAACUCACCUUUGUCUGCAUUCACC